UUUCGGUGACGGACGGGCCAGGCGGCGCCACAUGCGCCUCUCCCACCCGGAGGAGUACCAGGAGCAGGUGCUGGCACGCUCUCGCCUCAGGUGCCACCUCUGCGGCCUGCCCUGCUCGUCGUCACGGCAACUCAUUGAGCACCAGCGUUCUCAGCACCCCCUGGGCCGACCGUUCCAGUGCCCUGUCUGCGGGGACAGCUUCAUCCAGUCCCACGCCCUUAUCAACCAUCAGCGUCGGCACGUACGCCAGUCCCGCUACGCCUGCCGCGACUGCCCCCACACCUCCCGCUCGCUGGCCCAGCUCCUGGCCCACCGCCGCGCCCACGCGCUCCCUCGCCCUCCGCUGCCAGCGCCUCCAGCGGCCACACCCGCAGCUGCGGAGGAACCUCAACAGACGCCCGCCUCAUCCCUGCAGUGUCCUCAGUGCUUCAUCACCUUCCAAGACCUGCAGACCAGCCAGCAGCACAUGCGGCUGCAGCACCCCGCGCUGUACUGGCAGCAGCUGAGGGGCCGCACCGUCUUCGCCUGCCGCCGCUGCGACCGCACCUUCCCCUCCUCCCGCCAGCUCUCUGCCCACCAGCGAGCCCACCUCCAGGGCCAGGAGGCGGAGGACGAAGAGCGGGAGGCGGAGCUGAGGAAGAGCGCCCCGGAUGCCCAGCCUCCGUCCCCCUGCCCCCGAGUCCUUUCCGAGCAGCACAAGUGCCCCUACUGCAACUUCCUUUUCAGAGACGCCAAGACCAAAUUGCGCCACAUGAAUGCCAAGCACCCUCCGGGCUGCCCCCCGCCCCCUCCACUGCUCCUCACGGCCACAGACUCAGGGGGUGAGGGAGAGGGGGAAGAGAAAGCGGUGAUGGCAGUGCAGAUUAAAAAAGAAGAGGAAGAAGAGCUGGAGAAAUGUGAGGAAGACAAUCCCUGCGCAGCUCCAGGCCCCACCCUCGACGGCCAUUCACGGCUCCUGAAUGGGGGGACAGAAGGAGAUGAGGAUGAAGGGGGUGUGGUCAAAGUGAGGAUCAAGGUGGAUCCAGGAGAAGAGGAGGGGGAAGAGAGAGUUCCCUCCCCUUCACCCCCUCCGGCUUGCGAGUGUGCCCUGUGCGGGAAGGGGUUUGAGCAGAUGGUGGCGGUAGCGAGGCAGAGGCGUCGUGGCCGGCGCAGGGACCACCCCACCCUCCUGGGCCCCCGGGGCCACGUCUGCAGGCACUGUGGCCAGCUCUGUCACAGCCGGGAGGAGCUGCAGCAGCACCAGAGGCUGCACACGGAUGAGAGGCCCUACCACUGCCAGCACUGCGGAAACACUUUUAAAAAGGCCUCUGGACUGCAAAGGCACAAGAGCGUUCACUCUCAACUCCUCCACACUGUGACCGCCCCUACCCCAGCGGCUCCCUCCCUCCAGCGCAGAGUGACAACUUCCACCUCACAAACAGACUGUGAGUGUGACUGAUACUCAGCUUGGGGACUGUACCAUUCAGUCAGUCAUAUCGUAUCAACUUCAACAGUGAGAGGAGCUGGGAGAAGGUCAGGAACUCAGUUUCUCCUAAUGUCCCUCCACAAGUUGUCCUUGACCACCUUACACAAUCAAUCUGAAACACUAACACACUGUGAUCCACCUGUGUCUCACGAGAGGCAAGGCAAACACAUGCU